AUGUCAUCGCUUUACGUCUCGCUGGUCAACUCUGUCGCCCGGCUCCUUCAUGCAGUACAACGCCCGGCGCGUUCUACUAACGGCGGUGUCGACACCAACUGGACAGGUGAGUCUCGUCCGGCUGGAUCUGUCUCUUACUACGAGCUGCAGUCUCCUUCGGAGUCUAUUGUCUACAACCCGAGCGGGCCAUCUUUACCGCUUCCGACCAGCCCCGCUCCGACGUAUACUUCUCGCGCAGACUUUGAAAAUUUGUACGGAAGCCACAACCAGCGCAACAACCUUCUCACGAGCGGGAUAUUUCCCAAUGAUGUGGCUUCCGCGCAUGAGGAGGUGACAGCGCGUCCACCGCCGGCUCUUGAGCCCAUACGGGGCACGCUUCGCUCUCUGGUUCGGUGGAAUGGUCGUCGCACGGCGCAUGACGCGGAGAUGCAGCUCGCGGUGAGUUCCUCUUCUCUCGCGCACACUAACAUGUCUGCCCAGAUACGAGACAACGAGCGCCCUCCGACUUACGUUGAGGUUGACCCGUCGACAUCGUCCCAAGUGGCCCCGCGCCGGCGCCGGGUUGCUCAGGCCGCAAUUGUGUUUUCGCUUACUGCUUCCAUCACAAUCGCUUUCAUGGUUACUUUCUUGAAGACUAAGAACGCAUUCUAA